AUGGAUCCUCAUGAGAGCUUGUAUCAUGCCUCCACGCUUUUAGGGCGCGCCGACUCCAGCGGUCGCCCGCCCGUCUACAAAGCCGUCGGUAUCUCGCUAGCCGUUGCCUCGGGCGUCUUCAUCGGUAUUUCCUUUGUGAUCAAGAAGAUCGGCCUGCUCAAGGCAAACGUCAAGUACAAUGAAGAGGCCGGCGAGGGCUAUGGAUACCUGAAGAAUGCGUGGUGGUGGCUAGGCAUGACGCUCAUGAUCCUGGGGGAGAUCUGCAACUUUGUCGCAUACGCCUUCGUCGAUGCUAUUCUGGUCACCCCGUUGGGUGCGCUCUCCGUCGUCAUUACCACGAUCCUCUCUGCGAUUUUCCUCAAAGAACGACUCAGUUUCGUCGGCAAGGUCGGCUGUUUCUCUUGUAUUAUUGGGUCUAUCGUGAUCGCGAUGAAUGCUCCCGAGCAGUCCUCCGUUAGCGAUAUCCAGGGUAUGCAGAAGUUCGUGAUCGCUCCGGGGUUUCUGUCGUAUGCGGGUGUGAUUCUGGUCGGGGCGGCAUUUACGGCGCUCUGGGUGGGUCCCCGGUAUGGCAAGAAGAACAUGUUUGUUUAUAUUAGCAUUUGCAGUAUGGUUGGUGGAUUGAGUGUUGUUGCGACGCAGGGUCUGGGUUCGGCGAUUCUUGCCCAGAUCAAUGGCGAGUCCCAGUUCAAGCACUGGUUUCUUUAUGUGUUGUUCGUUUUUGUGGUUUGCACGCUGCUGACGGAGAUUAUCUACCUCAACAAAGCGCUGAAUCUUUUCAAUGCCGCUCUCGUCACCCCAACUUACUAUGUCAUGUUCACUAGUGCGACUAUCAUCACUUCCGCCAUCUUGUUCCAGGGCUUCAAGGGAACUGGUAUCCAAAUUGCUACUGUGAUCAUGGGCUUUAUGCAGAUCUGUGCCGGCGUGGUCCUGCUACAGCUAUCUAAGUCUGCCAAAGAUGUUCCAGAUGCUGCCGUGUUUAAGGGCGAUCUGGACCAGAUUCGCGAAGUGGCUGCUCAGGAGGAGCCUGAAUAUGAGCCCAAGGCUGACUCGAUCCGCGGUGCGGCAUCUAUUCUUCGCCGAAUCUCGACUACUCGCCGUGAACAUGAACACGAUGAAGCCCGGCGCUUCAUGAACGAGAAGCAAGAGGAUUUCCUGAAACCGCCAGGUCAAAAUGAGAUUAUCGAGUGGGAUGGUAUUCGUCGGCGCAAAACCGUUAUUGGAGAAGGACCUACCAUGUCUCGUCCGCUCACGCCUCGCUCACCCUCGGUCAGACAACCGCUGCCCCCAUUGGGCAUGUCUCGAUUCCCCGAUCCAGAACCCGAGGAUGACCACCGGCCCAACACCAAGCACAGCGGACACUCGUUCUUGGGCGAGAUCCGAUCUCGCACAUCAAGUGUUCUCCACAAUGGUCAAUGGCUACCCGUCCACAAGGAAGACGAGAAAAACGCCAAUAAUGACACGGAAAUGACGACUCGUAAUAGCGCCGUCGACACCGAAUAUCACGGUGCUGCAGGCGGACUAGAGCCACCCUUCCGCCCAACAGGCCGCGACCGCAGUGACACACCGCGCUCCAUCUCCUGGGCUGACGAGAAAGGCGACGACAACCGACCUCAGACCCACCACGCUCUCGAACCACCCAAUGUCGCACGCCGCCAAUUCUCCUUCAACAGCAUGUUCAGCCGCCGCAAGGCCCAAAGCACCCCGACGUCCCCCAAACGCACCGGCAGCCCACCACGCAGCAUUCUGCGCCGCGCCACCGAAGAAGAACGCCUCGGCCUCGUCCGCGGCGACUCGCACACUGCAGAAGAAACCCUCGGCGAGAAACUCGAGCGCUGGUCCAGCUCUGAAUCCGAUCUAUCUGAAAUUCAACCUAUGCACCCACACCCGCUGCCGUCAGGCCGUGCCCACGGCGACUCAGUCUCCAGCAUGUCCACAUCCGCAUUCCCACCAUACGAAGACCACCACGCAUUCUACGCCCAGUCCGGCAACGUUUCGAACCCGUAUUACCUGCCCCACGCUAGACAGACGACGUCCUCGGAAGAGCACAUGGACGAGCACGAAGGAUGGAGCGCUCCACGCUCCCGCACGAGAACAAACUCCUCCUCACACGUGCGCGCUCCCCCACCCGCGCAGUCCUCCUUCUCAACGCACCGCCAUCCCAACCCGCUCCCGCCACUGCCGGAUAACGCUCCUCUUACACUAGACGGCGGCGUGCGAUCCGUCUCAUCAGAAUCCUCGGAUAUGGGCGUUGCAUCGAUUUCGUCGAUGGAGGCUCGCGAUGAUGAUAACACGCCUGCGGCUGGGGCUGGUGCUCCGACACGACAGCACAGCGGUUGGCGUCGGCAUAUGUCUGAGGUUAGCAGUGCGGAUGGUGAGACGUAUGAAAGGCGGAGUCUUCCUCGUGGAAGUUCGAAGGGGGCGUUUCUUUGA